GGGCAAAAUAUCCAUCCUACUUAACAUGUCAAUCAGGAUUAAUGCCCCUCCAAAGCUCCCUUUAGAUUCCUGCAGGUCCUGUGACUGGUGGAGGUACCGGAUCCAGGGCAGAGCCGUAUAAAGAGGCAGACCAGGACAAGAUCAGGAACACACAAGCCUUCCACAAAAAAAAAAAAAAAAAAAAAACAGCGGUUUUUAAGGAGCGCGCAACCAACUGGAGCGUCGCCUGGACUUGCGUUUUCACGUUUUACGCGUCUGUGCCAUUGGUUUGACAGCCGUAAUGACUGAUCACUCAUACAUUUCCAGAUCCUGAUGCAUGUUGACUUGGACAUGUCGGAGUUCCCUGAAGUGGAUUACUCAUGCAACACUUUGUAAAAAGCUGCAGAUGAUAUUGUUUUGCAUGCGGAUAAACUUGCCAAGUCUUCUCCGUUCGUGCGCUCCGCUCACUUUUUUUUUUUUUUUUUUUUUUUUUUUUUGAGGAUAUCAUCAGUAGUCGAACGUGUACUUGAUUGAAAGCGUCAAACAAAUCGACUUUUUAACCGAACUUUUAACCGAAAUGGAUGUGAAGAGCGCGUGUCGCAUGUUUCUUUUCCCAGUCCAGAUGCUUUAUCAUAUCAUCAGAGCCACUUUGUUUUCACUGUUACCGAGCAGAAGGAAGGACCUGACCAAGGAGGUGGUAUUGAUCACCGGUGGGGGAAGAGGCAUCGGUCGUCACCUGGCUAAGGAGUUUGUGAAGCAGGGGGCCAAAAAGGUUAUCUUGUGGGGCCGAACAGAAAAGUGUCUUAAAGAGACAGCUGAAGAGAUCUGUCUCUCAGGAACAGAGUGUCAUUACUUCAUCUGCGACGUGGCCAAUCGUGAAGAAGUUUACAAACAAGCCAAGGUGGUUCGAGAAAAGGUUGGAGAUGUAACAAUAUUGGUGAACAAUGCCGCUGUAGUCCACGGGAAAAGUCUGAUGGACAGUGAUGACGACGCCCUCCUGAAAUCUCAACACAUCAACACCAUGGGACAGUUCUGGACUACAAAAGCCUUCCUGCCUCGAAUGCUGGAGCUGCAGCACGGCCACGUUGUGUGCAUAAACUCCAUCUUGUCCCAGUCUCCGAUCCCCGGGGCCAUCGACUACUGCACCUCCAAGGCCUCGUCGCUGGCGUUUAUGGAGAGCCUGACACUGGGCCUACUGGACUGUCCCGGUGUUGGCUGCACCACAGUGCUUCCAUUCCACACCAAUACAGAGAUGUUUCAAGGCAUGAGAGUCAGAUUUCCUCAGCUCUUCCCACCUCUAAAACCAGAGGUAGUCGCCCAGAAGACUGUUGAUGCAGUCAGAAGUGACAAGGCCUUUCUCUACCUGCCCUGGACAAUGCACGCCCUUGUUAUUCUAAAAAGCUUCAUGCCACAAAUUGCACUUGAAGAAAUCCACAAGUUUUCUGGGAGUUAUACCUGCAUGAACACAUUCAAAGGGAGGACAUGAAGCCGGAUUGCACAGAAUCUGAGAGUAUAACCUCAAACGCUCUGGGGUGGAAUGAAGGGAACAUGGACCUUGAGAUAUCUGGAGGCUUUAGUCCUCUGAUAGUGUGAAGAAACUGACUUGGGGGAAUUUGCAAGCUGGUUGAUCCUGCAGGUACAGUUAAUUGAUAAUGCAGGAUAAACUCUGGUCCCAUUUGCAUGUGCGAGUGUGUGUGUUUGCACAUGCAUGCCUGUGUGUGAAUGUGCAUAUGUGUAUACAGUAGUAUGGAGGACUGUACCAUUCUCACUUUGAACUGAAGCCAUGCUUAGAUCUGUACCGGUAGUUAUUCUGGGAGUUUUGUUUUUUUUUGUUUGUUUUUAUGACACUUGUUUUAGUCUGUUUUUAAACUUCUUUUUGUAUUCUUCUUUUAAUGUGUCUUUGAAUCAGAACCAGAUAAUAAAAUGGAGUUUUAGGGAC